UCUGAACGUCAAUCUCGACUCUAUACACGUGGCCGACAACAAUAAAAUCGGAGAGCUCGGGGAAACGUCGUCGCGCCAUAGACUUCAGUGCCAUUAGACACUUGAGAUAAGCUCCAACGUCUUCGCCCGUUGGCGGAGCUCUUGCGCCCGAUAUGGAUUAUACAGCCCACCUCUACGGUCGGCAGCAAGAAGAGGAUACUGGCAAGCAAUUGCUCGAUCUUCUUCAAGAACCCUUCAGUCAACAGCUUCAAGCUGCCUCACUGUAUUCAGCUUUAGCCACGUCGAUCCCUAUCACAAUCGGCAUCGCCAUCAUCUUUUCGAUCCUACGACCAUACCAUCAGGCCAUUUAUGCCCCCAAGUUGAAACAUGCCGACGAGAAGCACGUACCGCCGCCUAUAGGAAAGGCCCCGUGGUCGUGGAUCACGACAUUAUGGCAGACCAAAGAAGAACAGCUUGUACCAUUGAUCGGUAUGGACGCCACUGUCUUCCUGCGCUUCGUUCGCAUGUGCCGUAAUAUGUUCCUUACCUUGUGUGUCACUGGUGUUGGUAUUUUACUCCCAAUCAACUACACAAAAUGGAAAGAGUACAAGGGUGAUAAAACAGCCAACUGGGUUCUGAAUAUCACCCCCCUCAAUGUAUUUGUUCCGGCAAUUUGGUCCCAGGUCAUUAUCGCCUGGUGCUUCAAUUUCAUCGUCAUGGGCUUCCUUUGGUUCAACUAUAACAAGGUUCUUCAGCUCCGGCGCAAGUAUUUUGAGAGCGAGGAUUACCAGAAGAGUCUUCACUCUCGAACUCUGAUGGUAUUCGACAUCCCCAAGAAGGGCUGCUCCGACGAGGGUAUCGCAAGAAUUAUCGAUCAGAUUGCCCCCAACUCAUCUUUUGCUCGAACCGCUGUUGCCCGAAAUGUUAAGGAACUUCCGGAGCUUAUCGCGCAGCACGACCACGCUGUUCGCAAGCUUGAGAAGGUCUUGGCUAAGUACCUCAAGGACCCCAAAAACGUCCCAGCUGCUCGACCCAUGUGCAAGCCCUCCAAGAAGGACCGAUCUUACGGAACUUAUCCCCGAGGCCAAAAGGUGGAUGCUAUAGAAUACUACACCCAACGAAUUCGUGAUCUCGAGAUUCAAAUCAAAGAAGUACGCGCCACGGUAGACAAGCGAGGCUCGAUGCCUUAUGGUUUCGCGAGUUACGCGGAUAUUGCAGAGGCUCACGGUAUCGCCUACGCUUGUCGUAAGAAGAAGCCUGUCGGUGCCACAGUCAGACUCGCACCUCGGCCCAAUGACAUCAUCUGGGAGAACAUGCCUCUGUACAGCAGCACUCGAGGACGAAGACGGUGGAUCAAUAACUUCUGGAUCACUCUUCUGACUCUUAUCUGGAUUGUUCCUAACCUUGGCAUUGCCAUCUUUCUCGUUAACUUGCAGAAUCUGGGCAAGGUUUGGCCUGCUUUCAGAACCGAGCUCGCUGCCCAUCCUAAGGUGUGGGGUGCUAUUCAGGGUGUUCUCUCUCCGGCGAUCAUGUCCCUGACAUACCUCGUUCUGCCUAUGAUCUUCCGUCGACUCUCAGUCAAGGCUGGUGACCAGACCAAGACUGGACGAGAAAGGCACGUUUUGGCCAAGCUUUACUUCUUCUUCGUCUUCAACAACCUUCUUAUCUUCUCCAUCUUCAGUGUCAUCUGGAGUUUCGUGUCCAACGUUGUCAAGGAUACGACUGGAGAAGUCAAGCAGGAUGUGUGGGAGUCCAUCAAGAAGAACGACAUUGCGUCGUCCAUGUUCAUAGCUCUGUGUAACACCAGCCCGUUCUGGGUGACGUAUCUGCUCCAGCGUCAACUUGGUGCGGCCAUAGACCUUGCCCAACUCUGGCCGCUCGUGCAAGCCUUCUUCCUCAAGAAGUUCUCAAGCCCAACACCCCGAGAGCUUAUUGAGCUCACUGCCCCGCCGCCUUUCGAGUACGCCAGUUACUACAACUACUUCCUUUACUACGCUACAGUCACCAUGUGCUUUGCCGGUAUCCAGCCUCUGGUCCUGCCAGCAACAGCUCUUUACUUCCUUAUUGACUCGUGGCUCAAGAAGUACCUUCUCCUCUACCGCUUUGUCACCAAGACUGAAUCCGGUGGAAUGUUCUGGCGCGUCAUCUUCAAUCGUUUCAUCUUCGCAACCAUGCUUUCCAACCUGGUUGUCAUGUUGACUUGCUGGGUUCGUGGCAAUCAGGGGUCGCAUAUCGAAUUCUACAGUCUGAUACCGCUGCCAUUUAUCAUGAUCAUCUUCAAGAUUUACUGCAACCGCGCCUUUAACAACAAGAUCACCUACUACAGUAUUGUGGACGUUACCAAGACACCCGAGAACGGUGUCGAUCCCAAGGAGAACCGUAUGCGUAGUGAGCGAUUGGCGAACCGUUUUGGCCACCCUGCACUUUACCGACCUCUGAUUACUCCCAUGGUUCAUUCGAGCGCGCAGAACCUUUUACCUGCUAUCUACAAGGGUCGCCUGAGUGAUGGCAGAGAUGUCGAUUCGGGUGAUAUGAUGACAGUUAGUGGUUACUCGGAUAUGGUUUCUCUCGAUCCUAUGCAGAAAGGACGGCCAGGCAAGAGUGCCAACAACGUUCCCGGUUUCGAGUUCGUGUCAGACAGUCAGAUGGACUUUGAGUAUUACAAGAACCGAGCCGAGUUCGCAGAGGACCAUGGUGGAGGCGAGAUCUACGGUCGACCUGGAGAGAUUGGUCGCCCUGGUACACCUGGAUCAGUCGAUGGCAGCGAUUUCUCACGACCCGGCACACCGGUGGGCCGAACUGGUUCUCCCUUUGCGGGUGGAGCAGCUCAGCAGCAACGUCUCAUGUCUCUUGCUAGCAACACGAGCGGCGACACUAGCUAUUCAGCAUACCGACCAGGUGGCGCUCCCAAUACCGGAUUUACACAGCAAAUGACUCUAGGCACAGAGCCCCCCGCUCGUGGCCGCAGUCCUUUGUACUCGCAAAACAACGGAAGCUCAUCGGGCCUCGGAUUAAUCUCGAACGCCGCAGCUCCCGCAUACAGCAAUCUCAGCACGCCAGGCCGCAUGACGCCUGUGCAAUCACCUGGGCCUUCAGUCGGCGCUAUGGGCGGCGGUCCUCAAGGCUACAGCGGUCUUGCACAGAACGAAGAGCCUUCAUACGAUUACUUCCGCGGCAAUAACCGCGCGAGGAGAAACCCCGGCGAGGGAUGGUAGAGACGUUCCGAAAAGGAGACGGUUUCAUUGCAUAAAAUUUGCGAGGCGUUUGGGUAGAUUGGGAAUAGGUCCUUAACGACCUCUUUUGAUUUGAAUUCUAGAAUGAGGUGGACUGAUGUGAGAUGAUCCGGGCACACCUCCAAGAAGAAUAGAAUACUUUGGAUUAUAGCUUUUAAUGCACAAUAGCCCUUACCAUUUCAUAACGGGAAUAUGAUUAAUUUUUCUCAAGAA